ACACCCGUGCAGUUCGGGACAAUCCGGCAAACGGCAGUUCAAUUAUAUUACCCACGGUGCGUUAUGGAGGAAGCGCAGCACGUACGGAAAGCGACGGGGAAGCGUCGGUAGUCCGAGGUGCACUGGGGAAGCCAAACGCGGCCGUGGAGUGAGCGAGGAGUCCGGGCGAAGAAGGCAUGCAGCGGGAGAAGCACAUAAGCGAAUACUCAGCAUGAACUUGCACGACCACGCAUGAACGUCUAAUAACGGACCCGGAAUGUGGAUUCAAAUAGCAUCAUGAAUUCAGUAAUAGACUCUAAUUCUACUGAAUAUGAAACAACAGGACAUAAUGGCUUCUCCACUCCUGUCUCUUCAGUGGCUCAAAAAGUGGCUCCAAAUCAUACAUGCACAGAUGUAAUGUGUGUUUUGUUGGCAAUGUUCAAUGUGAUCAUUAUGGUUCUUGGAAUCAUUGGAAAUGGUUUGGUGAUCUGGAUCGCAGGGUUUAGGAUGAAGAAAACAAUCAACACUGUAUGGUACCUCAGCCUUGCUGUGUCUGACAUUCUUUACUGUGCAUUCCUUCCUUUGUCCAUUGUCUAUGUUGUUAAAGAAGACUGGAUCUUUGGGAGCUUCAUGUGCAAAUCUUUGCCCUUCUUCCUGUACCUUAACUGGUUCAACAGCAUCUUUGUCCUCCUCCUCAUCAGCGUGGAUCGUUGUAUUGUGGUCAUCUUUCCUGUAUGGGCACAAAACAAGCGCACUAUACACAAGGCCUGGGCAUUGGUUCUAGCAGCCUGGAUUGUUUCAGCAUUGCUUAGCUGGCCAGCCACCAUUUUCUAUAAAAUUACAAACAACAACUCAUCUAGCCACUGUAUUUGCGAGCACGAGCAUGAGAAUGCUAUUGUGCUAUGCCGGUUCAUUUUAUUAUUUGCAAUCCCCUUUCUGAUCAUCGUCAGCUGUUAUGCCCUCAUCAUCCGAAAACUGAAAUAUAACAGCAUGGAGAGGUCCAAAAAGCCAUUUAAGGUCAUGACAGCACUGAUAGCUGCUUUCUUUAUUUGUUGGAUGCCUUAUCACAUAUUUUACUUAUUGGAAAUAAAUCUAGAAGGCGCCAGUAUCAACCGGAUCGGACGAAAAAUUGGAAUCACUCUUGCAGGCGCCAACAGCUUCAUAAACCCAAUACUGUAUGCUUUCAUGGGAAAGGACUUCUGUCGAAGACUGAGAGAACCACUAAAGAGAAAUACCAGAAUACACUCAGUGGGACGUUUUUCUCAUUCAGGAGAAAGCAAACCGGUGUAAAUUUCCUGUAAAUAAGUGUGCAUAUAUAAUGUAUAUAUGUGUGUGUGUGUGUGUGUGCGUGCGUGCGUGCGUGCGUGCGUGUGUGUAUAUGUAUAUGUAUAGAUAUAGAUAUAUAUAGAUAUAGAUACAGUCCCUGACAAAAGUCUUGUCGCUUGUGUACAAAUUGAACCGAAGUGCCGCUGAAAUAUAUUUCUAAUCAAGAUUUUUUUUUUUUUUUUUUU